CUUGCACUAUUGUCUAGGCUUAGUAUUUGAUAGUCGGUGUACGGACUACGGGAAUCGCAUUGAUACGGUCGCAUUAUUAUCGUACGUAGUGUCGGCACUUGACUACGGGACGUGACGACGGACCACGUACCACACUGGAAACCAGUGGUAACCACCCGGUGACCAGUAACCGGUGAACGCAAAAAAAAAAUUCGUCGGCCGUCAUCGUCCGAUCGUCGCCGUUGAGCCCGUCAUCCCGAUUCCCGACGUGCGAUCGUCGAGAACGUAAAUUCCUAUUUAUUAUUAUUUUAAAUUUAUUAUAUAUUCGCGCUUAAUCGAUCGCGGACAGUUAUUUUACUCGCUCGUUUACAAUUUUCGCCGGGCACGCUCGGGAAAUAUCGCACUCGCGGCCACUGCCGAUCAAUCAAAUAGGGUAUUAUACAGGACUACGGCUCCGAAGAACAUAAUCCGUCGGCCGUUGGACGACGUUGUCUUUUCUACAGGUAAAAUAAUUAGUAAUAACGCUUAACAAUAACGAGAGAAAAAAAAAACAACCGUUAUGAAGCGACAAGUUGUAUUUUUCCAAAUUAUAUUGUAGAUACUUCGCCGAGUGCCGACGAAUAGUAAUCAAAUACAUGACACGACGUAUUACUGUCGGUGUUUACUGUCCAUUUUUCUCGCGUGUAUCUAUAGUUUUACAUUUACGUCCGCGUUGUUGGCGCCAGCCAAAGACAUUAUAAUAAUAUUAUUAUUAAGAGUUUCUCAAUAAUAUUUCUAUGGCGACGCUUUACCCUUGCACAAACUUCCGCUCGUCCGCCGCGUUUAACGGCGAUAUCGCCUUUUACGUCGGCGACAGGUACUCGCCAGUCCUUACGACGAGUGCCGCGGAACCCCGUGCCCGACUUGGUUGUUUAUUAUGACCUUAUCGGCCGUACGCCCGUACUGGUCGUCCGGACGACGCGCCCGUUGGGCGGUCGUAGUUGCGUGCAGGUACGCAAGUCCUCGAAGGUUUUAUCCCGACACCGCAUCAUUUACGUACAUUUCACGAUCCGCGGAUCCCGUGACCCGUUAUUUUGUAUAAUUGAUAACGACAUAACGUCUUGGGCUGCGCUCCGUUAUUAAACUUCCGAAACAUUUAAAAUUCGUCUUCGUUACAAAUAUUGUAUAUUUAUUAUAAUUCAUAGUACAACGGUGGUUCGUCUCGAGAAAAUCAUCGAUCGGCGGGGGUCCGUUCCGCGAGUUUGGCGCUACGUUUAUCGCAGACGAGCGAAUUCAAAAUCUCUCCAACGACGUUCUCUCGUAGGAGUCUGUACGAGUUUUUUCACGUUCUGAGACGGUUUUCGAGUGGGUAAAUCGUACAUAUUUAUUAUUGUUAAUUGGCGUUCUGGUCGAAUGACAUCAAAAUAUUAUCCGCGUGCGUGUGUAUAUGCGUUUUCUAGUACGCCCAUCUAUAGUCAUAGAUUAUCGUGGUCGAGGAGUAACUACCUAUUUAGCCUUAACCAGUUCUAAACCAUCUAAUAAUAUGCCGUUUCUCAAGGUUUAUUUAAUUAUUCGUAUUUCACCUCAUUGCUCAGGCGACUGUUUCACUGGAUAUUUUAUUGAGAAUCGUUGUGCUUCCAAUAUAUUAUUAUAGUCCCGUAUAUCUUGUAUCUUAAUAAUUUUAUUAUUAUCGGUAAUACUUUUAAUAUUAUAACACUAAAAUAUCGCCACAUACCUAAUUAUACAUUGUUAUUUAAUUCAUACUCUUAGGCAAAUAUCUGGGUAAAUAGGUAGGUUUUCUAGGUAUUUAUUAUUUAGAAUUUACUAUUCACCUCUUUUUUUUCAUAAGUAAUAGCUGGUAGGCACCUACCUAAUUAGUUUUCUAGUAUACAUUCAUAAAUUAUCAUAAUAUACUCUGCCAUAUGCAUAUAAACUCACCUUAUAUAGAUGCACCUAUAGGUACAUAGGUGUAACUUUUAUUUAUUUUUUUUUUUUUUGUUAUGGUGGUAAAUAAUUCUAGUAAGUUUUUAUUUGAAAAAAAAAAAUGUAACAACAUAAGUUGGUACCGUUUAGAUUUGAACAUGUUAUUUAUUCAAUAAAUUAAUUAUUUACCAAGAUAUAAUAUUAAUGUUAUAAAUUGUUAUAGGUAUUUUGCUUAAAAAAACAUUAUUUAUUACUCAUGGUCAUCAGUCAUUAUUAUGAUUAUUAUUGUUUAGGUAUGUGCCAUACCCAUGAAUGAAUAAAUAAAUAUUUUAAGUUUAUUUUAUCAAAUAUUAAAAACUAUUAUAAAUACAAUUAAUAUUGGUAGGUACCCAUAAAUAAUUUUAAAUUUGUAUGUACUAGUCAUAGGUGCUCAAUAUAUCUGAAUGUUAAUUAUUUAUCUAUUUCUAAUUGACUGAAAUGUUGAAUUAAAUAUGUAAUACCUAUAAUUAUAAAUGUUUUUGGUAUUUUUAAUAAUUCCUGUUUAAAUUGAAUCCUUAACUGUUUUAGGUCUAGGUGUUAUAAAAAAAUCUUCUGUUCUAAUAUAAUUAAUGGUUUUAGACGAGUUUUAUGUAUGUUGGUCAGUACAGUUUUAUUAACAGUUAGGUAUCUAAUUAAAACACUAUUGUAGCAAACAUGCAUACUUGAUCAUAAUUGAUAUUAAUUAACCGAAUAGUAGGUAUAGGCAAUAGUUAUUUUUAAUUAAAUGAAUAACAUUUACAUUGUUACUGAUAAAUACAUAUUAUACCUAUAUUAUUUUAGACUCAUAAGUAAAUAUGGCUAUAAAUGUGUAUUCAACUAACGUGACGUUGGAUAACUUGAGUCGUCAUGACAUGCUGGCAUGGGUAAAUGAUACAUUGUCUGCAAGUUUUACAAAAAUUGAAGAAUUAUGUUCUGGUGCAGCUUAUUGUCAAUUUAUGGAUAUGUUGUUCCCUGGUAAGUUAUUACAAUUUUUAUUUUGCUUAUUCAUAAUUUAAUGUUAAAAUUAUAAUUUUUUUUACAAAAAUCUUGUCUUGACAAUUACAAACACAAAAAAUAAAUCUGCUAAAUCGGUCUAUCCGUUUUCAAGUUAUGGCGUUAGUAACAAAAUAUCAAUUUUUUAUAUAUAUAUAUAUAGAUAAUGUGCUGAUUGUGUGAAAUACUUUAAACAUUUAUGUUUUAUUUUUGUAAAUCAUUUUGAAGUUAUUUUUUUUUUCUUAAUUAAAUCUUAUCUGUUUGUAGACAUUGAUUAAACAUAUUUUUUUAUCAUUGACCUAAUGGUUAUGAUAAUGGGAAAAGCUUUUUGUCUGGUACAUUCGAGAAAAAACAAUUGUAUUAAUUUACUUCUAUGAUAUCAAAUAUUUAUAGAUUAGUAAAUAUUACAAAAAAUUAACUACUUUAAAAAUAAAUAAUGAUUUUUUUUUUUUUAAUCACAAUCUUAUAAUUGUUUAAUUAAAUGUAUCAUUAAAAAAAAUAUGACAGUUCAAUCUAACAAAAUUGUGAUAGGCAUUGAUUCUAAGGCUAACAUUUAAUAUUUUAAUUAAAACCAUAUAUUUUGUACAAACACCUUUCAAGUACUUAUCACUUAUUAAUUCAUGAUACUAGUCAAUCAGUCUAUCUUCUGCUAUAUUCUACAAUAAAAAAUUAUCAAAAUUAUAUUUCUAAAAAUAUUCCUUGUAAAAGGUAGGUAUUACUAAGUUUCUGUCUAUACGUUAUUAAAAAAAAAAAUGAAUAAAGCAAGAAUGGUAUUAUGAAUAUGUCAUUUCAACACAAACUUAGUCUUCAAUUUUUGAAAACAUUUCAAAAACAAAAAUCCAUUAUUAUGUAUUAUUUUAUUUUUAUAUAUCUAUACAUAUAACUUAUGCUAUUACAUAGAUAGUAUUUACAAUCAGCUAUAUAUUUAAUUAUUUAAAUACAUGCAUGUGUUAAAUCUCAUAUUCUUAAUGAUUUUCAUAGAAAUUUAAAAAUUUCAUUAAAAUACUUUUAAAGUGUUUUUUUUAAUUAUUUAUAGGUAGUGUGCAAUUGAAACGAGUUAAAUUUAGAACAAAUCUGGAACAUGAAUAUAUACAAAAUUUUAAAAUACUUCAAGGAGCUUUUAAAAAAAUGUCAGUUGAUAAGGUAUGUUGAACAUUUUAUUAAAUAUAUAUCUAAUUCAAAGCUUAUUAUAAUAAAUCAAAAGUUUAAAAUAUUUGAUUUAAUUUAUGAUAUAAAUUACCUAAAUAUGAGUUAACAUUGUACUGUGAUAUUUUACACUAUACUUAGUACUAAUGAUUUUUUUUUUUACCUAUUUUAAGUAAUUAUAUACAAUUAUUUCAAAAAAGCAUUGGGUAUUCCAUUUAUGGGUUUAGUAUUUACCCACAAAUGGGGUGGUAAAAAAUUAAUUUACAGGUGAUUCCUGUUGAUCGCUUAAUCAAAGGACGUUUUCAAGACAACUUUGAAUUUUUACAAUGGUUCAAAAAAUUCUUUGAUGCUAAUUAUGACGGACGUGACUAUGAUGGUCUUGAAGCACGUGGUGGUGUUAUGGUUGGUUCUGGUACAACAGAAGUGUGUGGUUUCCAAGCACCUCCACCAUAUCGUGUACCACAAGCUGCUCGCACUUAUAGAAGUCCUUCCUAUGGACAUGGUACUCAUAAAUACUCGGUUUUUGUGUUUUUUAAUUAGGCUCAUAUAUUUAGUGGACAUUUAAUAUUCAUUGUCAGACAGAAAAUAUUUAAUCAAAUGUACACAAUAAUUUAUUAUACUUGCAUGUAAACAUAAUUUAAUAAUCUUCACAUCUAUGCCUACAUAUACCUACUAGUUUUCAGUUUUGAAUACCAUACUGUAGAAACAUAGUGAUUAGAAAUAUCAUCAAUUUAGAUGGAAUGUGUAUACAUCUUUAUAGUUCAUUGUGUUUUAGGUAGAUUGGUUAGCUAGUUGGUAUUUAAUAAUUUUAUUUAUUAUAUUUAUCUUUUUUUUUAGUUAUUUUUUUAUUUUAGAUUUAAACUUUUUUAUUUAUUUUUUAUACUACAGUGCAGGGUUAAAUCAAAUUAUUUUUGUCUUGGUUGGUAUCUUUGUGCUAAUGGUUUCAGAUUAUAAAUAACCUGUAUAAAAUGGUCAAAAUUUGGAAAAUUCUAAACUGGAUUUUACUAUUGAUAUAUUUUUAUUUAACACAUUGACGGAUAUUACUGCUAUAGCAAUAAUAUAUAAAAUGUCAUAUUACUACAAUACUGCUGAAGUAGUAAUCUUUUCAAUAGUAUCAAAUCAUAAAAGACAGUAGACUGCCACAUUAUUGCAGUCCAUACUGACAAUUUACAUAGAUUUUGAAUGUAGGUAUAGCACUACUAAUAUAACAGUAAAAAUUAAAUUACAAGUGUCCGUCAACGUGUUAAACUUAAAGUAUUCAUGAUUAUUUAUAUAAAUUAAGUAUAUCAAAUACUAUAUAUUUUAAAAUUUAAAAAACUUAACUUGAAAUAUUCUUAACGAUAAUAUUUCAUGACAUUUGAAUUCUAAAGGUUGCUAAAUGUAAGUUGUUAAAAAAAAAAAAUUAUGCACAAUUAUACCUAUUAUAGGUAAAGAUACAUUAGUCUUGUAAUUGAUACAAAUUGCUUGUGUUUGAUCAUCUAUAGUUUUUGAUUCCUUCAGAAUCAUAAAACUUUUGAUUUUUUGUUGAAUCUUUGUUGUUGAUCUUUUGUGAAAUAUAAGUUAUACAAAACUAAUAUGCGGAGCCUACAAAUUUAUAUAGAAACUGGACUACUACAGCAGAAGUCCCUAUUUAACAUGAAGUGAAAAUGUUACCAUUUUAUAAUGUUGUUAUUAUUGGUUGAUAAAAAUCUCCUUUUAAUAUCAAACAAUGGCCUUAUUUAGUAACUAUCUAUGAAAAUAAAAAAAAAUGUUGGAAAAAUGCUGAGUCCCCUCUUAACAUUUAGCAAUUUAUUUAUCUGCAAAAAUUUUAUUUUUAAUUUCUACAAAUUAUUAAAUUGAGUGGAGUUUUCUAGUACAAUUUGAUAUAUGAUUUAUUUUUUUCAAUGUGUGUGAUUAAAAGUCUGAUAAACAUCCGGCUGGAUAUAAUUAGUCAUUUAAUAUUAAUUAAUAUUAUUAGUAAUAUUAGUAAUAAUAUUUUAUAAGUUUUCAUCUUACCUUUUCUUCACGGUAGAUACUUACUUGUUGAACACUAAAAUUUCAAAUUUAGUACUAAAUAAAGUGUUUUUAAGAAUUUGACUACUUUAAUUUAAAUAUCUUGCCAUUUGUUUCGUUAUAAUUUAUUAUUGGGAUUUGUAAAAACCAUUCUAUUUAACUGUUGAAUUAAUAUUAUUAUUUUUUUUUUGUUUAUUUUUUAUUAUUAUUAUUUUUUUUUUUUUUUAAAUUUUGUCAUGGUUUUUUAUUUUGCAGAUAGUACCCAUAGAUAGGCUGGUCAAGGGACGUUUUCAGGAUAAUUUCGAGUUUUUGCAAUGGUUCAAAAAGUUUUUUGACACCAAUUAUCAAAUGAAUGAAUACGACCCAGUAGGUGCGCGCAGUGGUGAGGGAAUGGGAGCAGCCGGUGCAGCAGCCAGAGCGGGUCCUGUGAAAAAGCCAUCAGCGGCAGUACCACCUAGAAAUGCUACCACCACUAAUCGUUUAUUCCGUCCCGCGAGUAACAGCAAUAGUUCGUAUUUUAACUCGAAAUUAUCCCAAAUCCCCGGCAAUAUGCUUUUUCAUUUGCUUUGUUAUAAUUUAGUUUUCCUUAACUUUAUUUAAUUAAUAUAAAAUAAUUUUUUUUUUUAAAUAAAUUAUUUACAAUUUCUCAAUAGAGGUAUUUAAUAAAGUGUAAUUUUAUUUUUAGUGUCUAAUCGCGUACCUUCAACAAGACCAGCAGCACCUGCUGCUAGUCAGCGUGACAGGGGUGAUCAUAAAAUUGAUGAACUUACUAGACAGGUAAACUUAAUACACCUAUAGAUUUUUUUAAUUUUAGUAAUUUAAUGGUACCUCUAUAAAUUUGUUUUAAUAUAGAUGAGCGAUUUAAGAGUUACAGUUGAAGGUCUGGAAAAGGAACGUGAUUUCUAUUUUGGUAAAUUGCGAGACAUUGAGGUGAUAUGCCAGGAACAAGAAAGUGAGCAUCCAUUAUUCUCAAAAGUAUUGGAAAUUCUUUACGCUACUGAGGUAUGUAUGCAAAAAAAGUUUAUUUUAUACAAAUAUUUUCUAAAGAUUAAAACAAAAUUUUAUAAAUUUAAUAAUAUUGAAUAAUAUUAUUGACUUAUUCUGAACUCUUACCAAACUAAAGCAAAUAACUUUUUUUAUAAAUAUUGUGUACAGUUUUAGUAUAUAAUUUUGUUCAUUUAUGUAGGCCCUUUAACAUUUGUUGGCUAGUUUACAAUUAUUUUGUUAAAGGAAUUCUACCAAUUAUCUAAAAACAACGCAUCACUAAGCAUUCCUGAAAAUAUAUUUAACUUUAGUUUUUUCUAAUUAAAACUAUUAGACAGAUCAUGUUUAUUAAAAAUGUGAAGAAAAAUAGUUUUAAAUCUAUUUAAUCUUACCAAGUUCACAUACAGUGAAUUUUUAUCAUGGCCCAACCAAUAAAUAAGAUUCCAAAUAAGUUUGAUUUCUUUUUUUUUUUAAUCAUUUUGAUUAAUUUUUAUGUUUUUCAAUUUGAAUAGAGGAUAUUUUUCUAGAAAUGUUGAUAUACUCCGUCUCACGAGAGAAGGUACACGCUUUUUCAUCUGUUGCUGCAUAUCUCCCAAAGGAGUGGGAGAAAUUCGGCUUCUGAGCUCUCGUGAGACUUAGUAUAAAGUCUGAAUUUGUAUGCAAUAACAUAUUUUUAACAAACGUAUGCUGUUUGAUUGGAGUAAGAAAUGUUUGUGUUUUAUAACCUGUAGAAUCUAUUAUAACAUUUUUUUUUUUUUAUAUAUAUAUAUAAGUGCAUAUUUUGACUGAAAAUAUUUUGAAAUAUUUUAGCAUAUUUCCGCUAUAUUGGAUUAUAUUACAGAAAUACUGUUUUUAAUUUAGUUGAGUUUAUUUUUUGUCAUCGAUUUAGUGAUUUACUGUGAUAAAUUGUUGUUUGUAUACUCAUGAGCAAAUAUAUUUUUACACUGAUAUACCCACAAAGUUACAAUUUACCAAUAAAUAAUAAUAGAAUCUAUUAUCUACAAUCUAAUAAUCUAACUAUCAAUGAUUUUUAUUUAAUAUUUUGAGUAUAGUAAGAAUAUUUUUGGGAAUAUUUCAUCAAUUUUUGCUGUAUAUAACAGAAUAUAUAUAUCUAGAUUAUAUUGAUACGUGUAACCCUACUAUCAGAUUUACCAUUUAUGAGUUUAAACCAGAGGAGUAAGGUGAUCUGCACAUCUACUUUAAAUUAAUAAAUUGAUUACUAUUCCUUAUUAUUUUUUAAUUGUCAUAACUGACUAUAAAAUAUUCAUAACAUUAGAACUUCUUUAGAAAAAUAGUUUUUAUUAUAAAUUAAAAUUAAGUUACUGUAUUAAUGAAUAUAUAACAAAAAAAACUGGCAUAAUAAUAAUACAAAUUGAACAUUUAUUUAACUACUUUUGUUGUUUGAGAUUCUAAAUAGAGAAAGGAAUAAAUUGAUUUUAUAAUGGUUUUAAUUUUUUUUUUUUACAACUUUUCUACUAGCAAUUUUGCUCCAAUUUACAAUGAUAGUAUUUUUCUAAAAGGAAAUCUGACUGACUGUGGUCAUUUUUUAUUUUCUCAAGAGGUUUCUUAAUAAAUGGAAAAACUUAAGAAAAGGAGGAAAAUAGGUAAAAUAUUAAACAAAUAUUAUUAAAAAAAAUAUAUAAUGCAUAUGUAAUUAUUUUUACCAUACCAUACUUACCCGCUCAAAAUCGUUUUUUGUUUGUUAGCAUUGGUUUAUUGUUGCUUUCAGAUAUACAUUAAAUUUCCCCUCUACUACUUUCCCAACUUCUCACAUUUAACAGUGGCUGCACCCGUCCCCAUUAUCCUACGAUAGAUUUUUUUUAAUAAUGUAGAUUAGUAAAAAUGUGUUUAUGAUAUUUCAGGAAGGAUUUGCUGCUCCAGAAGAGGUUGAUACUAACAAUCACGAUGAUGAUGAAGCUUACUAAUAGUCUCUUUAAAUUUUUUUACUCCAUUAUGAUUUUUUUUAAAAAUGAUAUUUAUUAUAUUUUACAGUACGCAGUAUAAUAAAAAUGCUAAAAGCACAUGUUCAAAAUUGUGUGUGUAUGGUC